CUUUUUGCACUACAAAUAAGAGUACCUUUGAGCCAACCAAAAAAACAUCUAUAAUUUUGCCCAACAUUGCAUACUCACUUCUCUUCCGAAAAUGGCAGCAACAACAACAAACAAUGUAGAAAAACAACACGACGUCGUUGUAGUUGUGGUUCCUCUUCCUGCACAAGGCCAUCUCCACGCAGCCAUCGAACUCUCCCACCGCAUCUCCUCCGCCAACAUCCCUGUUUACUACGUCAGCACCGCCGCUCACGUCCGUCAAGCUCAGUCGCGUGCUGUCGGCUGGGAUCCACUGAAAACCACAAAUCUCAAUUUCAUCGAUUUUCCGGUAACAUUCGAGGUACCUCCUCCUAAUCCAGAUGCAUCCAUCAAAUUCCCUUCUCAACUUGUUCCUGCUUUCAAUUCUUCAUUGCAACUGCGUGAACCAGUUACAGAUCUGGUAAAUAAAUUGGCUUCAACAUCGAGGAGAGUUGUUGUGGUUCAUGAUUUUCUCACUUCCUGGGUUGUUCAGGAUGUACCAAAAAUAACUAAUGCAGAGUGUUACUGUUUACACACUGUUUCUGCUUUUCUUGUGUUUUCUUACAUUUGGGAUGCUGCUAGACCACCUGUACCUCCUGAAGCUGAAGCUGUACUUAAACAACUUCCGUCUCUCGAUGGGUGUAAUUCUCCUGAACUCGAAGAAUUUGCUAAGAAGCAAAUAGCUGCAAGGAUUCCUGGUGUUGGAAAUAUUUUCAGUACAUCUCGAGUUAUCGAAGGAUUGUACAUUGAUCUAAUGGAUAAAAUGAUGGGAGCUUCGGGCUUUAAGCAUUGGGCUCUUGGUCCAUUCAAUCCUGUAAAUCUGGAGUUUGACAAGAAGGAAACCCGCCAUUAUUCACUUGAGUGGCUCGACAAACAACCAGCUAGCUCGGUGAUUUUCGUUUCCUUUGGAUCAACAACUUCAUUAUCCGAAGACGAAAUCAGAGAGCUAGCUAUUGGGCUGGAAGCAAGUCAACAGAGAUUUAUCUGGGUUCUGAGGGACGCAGAUAAAGGAGAUAUAUUCUCCGGUGAAGUUCGAAAAUGUCAAUUGCCUGAAGGAUACGAGAAGAGGGUAUCGGAAAGAGGACUUGUAAUGAGAGAUUGGGCACCACAAUUGGAAAUUUUAGGACAUCCGUCUACUGGUGGAUUCAUGAGUCAUUGCGGGUGGAAUUCUUGUAUGGAGAGUAUUACAAUGGGAGUUCCAAUAGCAGCGUGGCCAAUGCAUUCUGAUCAGCCUAGAAAUGCUCUGUUCAUAACUGAAGGACUGAAAACCGGGAUAUGGGUGAGAAAAUGGGAGCAAAGAAAUGAAGUGAUCCCAGCAGAAACUGUUGAAAAAGUUGUGAGAACUUUACUAGCCUCUCCUGAGGGAGAGGAGAUAAAACGAAAUGCUACAGCGAUCAAGGAAGCAGUGAAAUUGUCAUUGAUGGAGGGUGGGGUAACUCAGAAGGAAAUGAAAUCUUUUGUUGCCCACAUCAUUAGAUAGAUUUUUUUUUUUCGUUUUAUUGGUGAUGUUCGUGCUAGUUUAUGCGUACUUUAACCUUUCAUCCUGUAUCGAAAUAAGUAUUUGAACAACUCUAUCUUUCAAGUACGUUUGCCCUC